CACACUCUGAGUUUCGGUGACCCGGAAGGGAGCCCCGUGGUAGAGGUGACCGGAGCUGAGGUACUGCCUCGCGAGGCCUGAGAAUUCCAGUCCUUGUGACGGGCGUCGGCACAGCGGGAUCUGGGCUGGCUGCUACGGGCGGGGCGGGAAGGCCGGGCUCGUCCUCGCUCUUCAUCUCCCUGGGCAGAGGGAUGCUGAGUCAGCCGCUCGGGGACCCGCGCGGGGGCCCUAGCUGUCGGCGAUCGGGUGCCGUGGGGGUGGUGCGUGGACGCGGAGGCAGCGGGCUAGCGGUGAGAGGGGAGGACCGGGCGCAUCCGAACACUCAAGCUCAAGGAAGCGUUAGGAAGGGUCGCCACUAGUUCGUAGAGACCCAGCCCAGGAGCCGGUUUCAGACGUCCAGAAUCUGCACUUAAAUAUAUGGCAGAUAACCCUCUUGGCUGUUCCACGACAUAAGGCCACGCAGACUAGCAUUUCAGAUCUGCUUAGUAAACCGGUGUAUCGCCCACCAUGUUGGCUGCAAGGCUUGUGUGUCUCCGGACACUACCUUCCAGGGUUUUCCAGCCCACUUUCAUCACCAAGGCCUCUCCACUUGUGAAGAAUUCCAUCACAAAGAACCAAUGGCUCGUAACACCCAGCAGGGAAUAUGCUACCAAGACAAGAAUUAGGACUCACCGUGGGAAAACUGGACAAGAACUGAAAGAGGCAGCCUUGGAACCAUCAAUGGAAAAAAUCUUUAAAAUCGAUCAAAUGGGAAGGUGGUUUGUUGCUGGAGGAGCAGCUGUUGGUCUUGGAGCGCUCUGCUACUAUGGCUUGGGAAUGUCUAAUGAGAUUGGAGCUAUCGAAAAGGCUGUAAUUUGGCCUCAGUAUGUAAAGGAUAGAAUUCAUUCUACUUACAUGUACUUAGCAGGAAGUAUUGGUUUAACAGCUUUGUCUGCCUUGGCAGUAGCCAGAACACCUGCUCUCAUGAACUUCAUGAUGACAGGCUCUUGGGUGACAAUUGGUGCGACCUUUGCAGCCAUGAUUGGAGCUGGAAUGCUUGUACACUCAAUAUCAUAUGAGCAGAGCCCAGGCCCAAAGCAUCUGGCUUGGAUGCUGCAUUCUGGUGUGAUGGGUGCAGUUGUGGCUCCUCUGACGAUCUUAGGGGGGCCUCUUCUCCUGAGAGCCGCAUGGUACACCGCUGGUAUUGUGGGAGGCCUCUCUACUGUGGCCAUGUGUGCGCCUAGUGAGAAGUUUCUGAACAUGGGAGCACCCCUGGGAGUGGGCCUGGGUCUUGUCUUUGCGUCUUCUCUGGGGUCUAUGUUUCUUCCCCCUACCUCUGUGGCUGGUGCCACUCUGUACUCAGUGGCAAUGUAUGGUGGAUUAGUUCUUUUCAGCAUGUUCCUUCUGUAUGAUACUCAGAAAGUAAUCAAACGUGCAGAAAUAACACCCAUGUAUGGAGCUCAAAAGUAUGAUCCCAUCAAUUCGAUGUUGACAAUCUACAUGGAUACAUUAAAUAUAUUUAUGCGAGUUGCAACUAUGCUAGCAACUGGAAGCAACAGAAAGAAAUGAAGUAACCGCUUGUGAUGUCUCCGCUCACUGAUGUCUUGCUUGUUUAAUAGGAGCAGAUAGUCAUUACAGUUUGCAUCAGCAGAAUUCCUUGAGGUUUAGAAGAUAGCCUGUCACCAUGUUUAAAAUGUGCAGUAAUGCGACCCUUCAGGCAUGCCUUUUCUUUUAGAAAAUAAAUGCAAUAGAUGUCUUCCAAAUAUAUUUUCAUCUCUUAUGCUUUCAUACUUUAAAACUGCUUUGAUGAAUGUGUGAACAAAUAUAUUUUAGAAGAUUUCAAGUAUUGUUUUAUGUAUUGGAUAAGUAAAAUUUAGCAAAUUUGCGUGUCUUCAUAUUGUGGAAGCCUGCAGAAUAUUUCAGUGGCAUCAUGAGUGACAAGUUUUUGUAUAGAGGUCAGAGAGAUAAAAGGCACCUGCAGUCAGUUUGAAUGCCCAGGACAACACUGAUUGUGGUGAGCCAGUGAAAGACAUCAGAGAUGUGGAACAAGGGACCACCAAAUGUGGGGUUAACAAAGACACGGAUGUUUCUUCUGUGCUCUUAAUGUCCUUGAGGUUGACUGCUCAUUGUCAGGACAGUCCAGAGUGUUAACCAUACAGAGAAUCUCUGCUGGAAUUAUGUCUGUGUUUUACUAUGAAGUCUUUAGAACAAGCAGGUUGGUGGUGGCGCACACCUUUAGUCCCAUCAUCUGGGAGGCAGAGGCAAGCAGAUCUCUAAAUUCAAGGCCAGCCAGGUCUACAAAGUGAGUUCCAAGCCAGACAAGGACCUGUCUCUAAUACAAGCAAACAAACAACAACAAACACUACCCGCUAUGCUCGGUAUGAUGUACUACUCCAAAGCUCAAGACUCCUUUGCUGUCAGAUGUGUGGUGUAUAUGCAGUUGGACAGGAUUUAGGUUUUGGUUUUUGGUUUUGUUUUAUUUUGAUAUUUUUCUCAGUGUCUAAUUGAAAGCAUGCUUGCUUUCUCAUCACAGCUUUGACAGCUGUCAGAAAAGCCUCUUUGUGGCUUAUGCUAAGAUUAGGAUUGGUUUUUCUUCUAAAACUGUUGGCUUCCUCCGUUCCCUCUCAGCUUAAGCAUGAACAAAGCAAACUUAGUUGACCUUGGGAAGUAUUUGAAUGAAAACUGGAAUGGGGAGGUGCUCAGCUUCCUUGUGACAUAAGAUUUUAAUACAGAUCACUUGUUUGUGGUGAGGGGUUCUUCAUUGAAGUCUGUAUGUAUUUACAAAAUAACUAUUUUUGAGAAGUAUUUAUUACAGUAAUCCAUAAGUAAUUCUUUUAAUCACUUUAAAGUACACUGAAUGCUAAUUUCUGAAAUAAAAGUUUCAGCUAAGUGGCUAUUGCUGUACUUUUUUCUCCCUGAUACGUCCAGUCCAUCUCAGCAGAGUCUCGGAUACGAAAGCAGCUUGAGCUUUUCCUGUGCCUGCAUUCCUGCAGUCUGCUAAGACAGGAGACCAGUGACUAGAUGGCCGGCCUCCAUUUGCAUCUUGACUGAUUCUUAUAUGAUCCUAGACAAAUGACCUAACCUUCCCUCACCUGUAAGAUGGAGACAACAUCCUCCUGUGGAGUGAAUGCAGACAUGACUGGGCAUUGUGUGAAUUUUAGCUGUUGCUGUUCGGUUUUUGUUUUUGUUUUCCCCUGCAGUAAAAAAAACUCUAAGUGUCUAAUUUCUGUCUUUAGUCUCCAUAAAGUUUCACUGUCAAAUUGAAAA